UGCUGAGAACAGCGGUUAAAUAUAGCACGAGAGCGGAGCUCAGCUCCACAAAGUCAUCGCUCUUAACAGGAGACCAGGAGAGGGGAAACACAAUCUCAGGACUUCACUGCCAAAGCUUAGUACCACAGAGCAACAGUUGUGGGUGGAGGCAAGACAACAAGGGAAAAGACUCUCCAAACAAAAGCCUGGGUGAAACAUAUGAGAAGAGUUUUAAAGCACCUCCUGCUUCUUCUGGCUGGCGUUGUCUCUGUACAGGAACUACGUUCCUCUUCUGCUCUCUUCCCUUUUUUCCUGCAUGACUUCAGUCACUGGUCGAUCUAGAAAGAAAGAAAAGCCCCCAUCUCUUUGGUUCUUCUGGGCCUGGCUUGGUCAUGCAAGCUGAAUUUCUGAAGUUUUUCAAGGGCACAGUCUUUUUGUAAAGGACAUCUUGCUCCAUUCUUACAGCUGGCAGUUCCCAGAAUUCCACAGCAUUGAAGCAUGGCAGUUAAAGUGAUGUCAAACUGGAUUAUUUCUGCAGUGCAGAUGCAGCCAGAGCAAUGCUUAAUGCACUCUUCCUGUGUGGACUUAACAUAACUUAUCAUUGCCACCUGUCUCUAACUGGAUUGGAGGUGCUCUUUCAAGGGACAGUCAGGAUGAGGUCCCGAAAUCAAGGUGGAGAAAGCUCAUCCAGUGGGCAUUUCUCUAAGUCAAAGCCCAUUAUCAAUAUUGCAGAAAAUCAAAAUAUUCAGGAAGAUACCAAGAAAAAGAACAAAUAUAGUCGCAAAGAUGAUGAGGUUCCAGGCUCAGGAACAGUCAAGAAGCACAGCAAGUCACCAGGCCCUAGUGAGCGGAAAAGCAAGAAAUCAAUAGAGCUUUCCAAAGAGGAUCUGAUCCGGCUCCUCAGUAUAAUGGAAGGGGAAUUACAGGCUAGAGAGGAUGUGAUCCACAUGCUGAAGACAGAGAAAAUCAGGCCUGAAGUCUUGGAGGCACAUUAUGGGUCUGCAGCUCCAGAGAAUGUCCUGAAAAUAUUGCACAGAGAUGCCCUCCUUGCCAAUGACAAAUCAGCAGGAGAAGAUGUUUAUGAGAAGCCAAUUUCAGAGCUGGAUAGACUCGAAGAAAAGCAGAAAGAAACAUACCGGCGCAUGCUCGAACAGCUUCUCUUGGCAGAGAAAUGUCAUCGUCGCACAGUUUAUGAGCUGGAAAAUGAGAAGCAUAAACAUACAGAUUACAUGAACAAGAGUGAUGACUUUACCAACCUUUUGGAGCAAGAGCGUGAAAGAUUAAAGAAGCUUCUUGAACAAGAAAAGGUCUACCAAGCCCGCAAAGAUAAAGAGCAUGCAAAAAGGAUCAACAAACUAAGAGAAGAAUUAGUCAAACUUAAGUCCUUUGCACUCAUGCUUGUGGAUGAGAGACAGAUGCACAUUGAGCAACUUGAUCAGCAAACCCAGAAGAUUCAAGAUUUAACUCAGAGAUUAAGGGAAGAAGAGGAAAAACUUAAAAUUUUAAGUUCCAAAGCCAAAGAAGAUGGGCAAAAACUCAUGAAAAUAGAGGCAGAACUUGAACACAAGACAUCAUCAUUUUCCCAAGAGCAUGAGGAGAUGACAGCUAAAUUGGUCAGUCAGGAAUCACACAACAAACAACUCAGGCUGAAACUAGUUGGUUUAACCCGCAGAAUUGAGGAACUUGAAGAAACCAACAAAAGCCUUCAGAAGACUGAAGAGGAGCUUCAGGAACUGCGAGACAAAAUAGCUAAAGGGGAAUGUGGGAACUCCAGUUUGAUGGCUGAGGUGGAAAACCUCCGUAAGCGAGUGCUUGAAAUGGAAGGCAAGGAUGAGGAGAUCACAAAAACUGAAUCUCAGUGUAAAGAGCUUAAGAAGAAGCUGCAAGAGGAAGAGCACCACAGCAAGGAACUGAAGCUUGAAGUGGAGAAACUACAAAAGAGGAUGUCGGAACUGGAGCGGCUGGAGGAGGCUUUCACCAAAAGCAAAUCUGAAUGCACUCAGUUGCGCUUGAACCUGGAAAAAGAAAAAAGCUUAACCAAAGACUUGAUCAAUGAGUUAGAAGUGUUGAAGACACGGAUAAAGGAUCUGGAGUCUUCAGAAAAUAAGUUGGAAAAAGCUGAACUGAUCUUAAAAGAUGACCUGACAAAGCUGAAGUCUUUUACUGUCAUGCUGGUGGAUGAAAGGAAAAACAUGGUAGAUAAGAUAAAGCAGGAAGAGAGGAAAGUUGAGGGCUUGAAUAAGAAUUUUAAGGUAGAGCAAGGCAAAGUUAUGGAAGUGACUGAGAAACUCAUAGAUGAAAGCAAAAAGCUUUUGAAGUUGAAAUCUGAGAUGGAGGAAAAAGUGUCCAGUUUGACAAAGGAAAGAGAUGAAUUAAUUGGCAAACUGAAGAAUGAAGAGGAAAAAUCUUCUGAGCUGAGCUGUACAGUGGAUCAGUUAAAGAAAAGAAUUGAUGGCAUAGAGAAGGUAGAAAGAGAAAUAGCUAGAGAUCGAGUUAGAAAAGGACCAGGGCUUAGUGGACAAGAGGAUAACAAGAUUAAAGAGCUGACGGCUGAAAUUGAAAGACUGAAAAAGCGUCUCAAGCAACUGGAAGUGGUUGAAGGAGACUUGAUGAAGACGGAGGAUGAAUAUGAUCAACUGGAGCAGAAAUUUAGGACUGAGCAGGACAAAGCUAACUUCCUUUCUCAGCAGCUGGAAGAAAUGAAGCUCCAGAUUGCUAAAAACAAAGCAAUAGAGAAGGGGGAGGCUGUAAGUCAGGAGGCAGAGCUGAGGCAAAGGUUCCGGCUGGAAGAAGCUAAAAGCCAAGACUUGAAAGCUGAAGUGCAGGCUCUCAAAGAGAAAAUUCAUGAGCUAAUGAACAAAGAAGACCAGCUUUCUCAGCUCCAAGUGGAUUACUCAGUCCUUCAGCAAAGGUUUCUGGAAGAAGAAAAUAAAAACAAAGUCAUGGGGCAGGAGGUGCUGACAUUAACAAAAGAGCUCGAGCUGUCGAAGCGCUAUAGCCGAGCCCUGAGACCCAGCAUGAAUGGUAGAAGAAUGGUGGACAUACCUGUGACAUCCACAGGAGUGCAAACUGAUGCAAUGAGCAUUGAGGCAGCAGAAGAGGAAACACCUGCUGUGUUCAUUAGGAAAUCCUUCCAGGAGGAGAACCACAUCAUGAGCAAUCUUCGGCAGGUUGGGCUUAAAAAACCCACUGAGAGGUCAUCAGUGCUUGAUAGAUAUCCUCCUGCAGCAAAUGAGCUUACCAUGAGAAAAUCCUGGAUUCCAUGGAUGAAAAAACGAGAAAAUGGUUCUCAGGCCAACCAGGAUAAAGGGGCCAGAAUACAAACAAGCCCAGAACGUCCAGGAGAGGUUGUACUUUCUCCAAAGCAGGGACAGCCUCUUCAUAUCCGUGUAACUCCAGAUCAUGAGAACAGCACCGCUACUUUGGAGAUUACAAGCCCAACAGCUGAAGAUUUCUUCUCUAGCACCACUGUUAUUCCUACCUUGGGGAAUCAGAAACCACGGAUUACUAUCAUUCCCUCUCCUCAUGUCACAUCACAAAAAGGGAAAGGAGGUGAGAACCCUGGAGGCCCAGAGAGAGCAAUGUCUCCGGUGACAAUAACUACGUUCUCUAGGGAGAAAUCCUCAGAGAGUGCCAAGUCUCCAUUCACAGAAAGGCCAGUGUCCCCCAUUCAGAUAAUGACUGUGUCUACCUCUGCAGCACCAGCAGAAAUUACUGUGUCACCUGAAUCACAAGACAUGACCAUGGGGAGAGCUGUUUUCAGAGUGACUCCAGAAAAACAAACUGUCCCAACUCCAGUCCGGAAGUACAGUGCUAACACGAACAUUAUAACAACUGAGGACAACAAAAUUCAUAUCCACUUGGGCUCCCAGUUUAAGCGCUCAUCUGGUGCUGUUCAAGAGGGAACAAGCCCUGUGAUUACUGUCAGACCUAUGAAUGUAGCAGCAGAGAAGGAGGCUAUGACUGGGACUGUCCUUCGUUCUCCCAGGAAUAAUGUGUCCGCAAGGCCUGGAGCAAGCAAAGUUACAAGUACCAUCACCAUCACACCAGUUACUACAUCAUCCACACGAGGAACACAAUCCAUGACAGGACAGGAUGGGUCAUCCCUGAGACCUACACCCACCCGAAUCCCUGUGUCUAAAGGUAUGAAAGCCGGGAAGCCAGUAAUAGCAGCCCAAGGAACAGGAAAUCAGACCAAAUUCGAGUCGCGGGCCGAGACUCAAUCUAUGAAAAUAGAACUGAAGAAAUCUUCAGCCAGUAGCUCUGCCUCCCUUGGUGGGGGGAAGGGCUGAGAGGGCAGUGGCUAAAGGGGAGAGCAUCAUUAUCCAUCAGUUACGCAUGAAUGCAAGAUGAAACACCAUGGCCACUCCAUUCUGGACAUGCACACUUCCUCUCCACGCUGCUUGGUUGGAUUAUUUCUGAAGCUCCACGUCUGUCACUGUGAUCUUCCAUGCUACUGAUCAUGUAUGGAAGGAUUUUACUGCUUCCAUUGCAAUAUGGGGAGGUGGGGGGGAAGAGAGUUGUGCAGAUUUUAAUUGUGUGUUUUUUUAAAGAAACAAUGUGUUUGAUGAUUUUUUUAAAAAACUAGAUGAAAAAGAGAACCACAUCUCCUGUGCCAGUUUCACUCUAACUUUGAAUCGAUUGGCACCUGCUUGACUUUUGUUUGAUGUUUCCUACAUAAUUUAUUUUUAUAAUACACUUUGUAAUGCAGUGUUUUUGUUAUGUAUUUCCCCCAACUUUCUGACUUGUAGAAUAACACUGUCAAAACUGCCAAGUGCCAAUGUGCAUAUUUUCUAUUGGACUUUAUGGACAUGUUGACUUGACCUCAAUAAUGGCACCUUUUCAACUUGCCACAACAUUGCUUAGCCAUAAUGUGACUGUGAGAUUAGUUGCCCUGAAGACUGCUUUGUGAGACAGUAUUAUAGUGGGUUUUCCCCCUUGCACUGUAUUGUGGGUUAAUAUAAAACUGAAUACCAACAAACCAAAGCCUUGAAACUGUAUUAGAAUUGAGAAUCGUUUUAAAAUCUUGUGUGCUGAUCUGUUAAAACAAAGCUCAUAUCAUGUGUGAUUUUACAUAUACCUGUACCAAAAAAAAAGAGAAGGUUCCUUUUUAUCACACUGUAAUAAAUAAAUUUUCACAAAUGUGCAACACUACUA